GCUUGGUUUGAACCCACGGGCUUGGUGCUUUGGUACCCCGUGACCCUACAGCAUAUAUGGGUGGCUGUGGCAGGGUUGAGGCUAGGUCCCAACAGAUCUCUUGGCCAUUUAGUCACUGACCCUGAGGCCCUCUGCGUUGGCCUGCCUGUUGGAGAGGCUUGUAGUGUCAGCCAAGAGAAGGCAGUGCCCCUAGGUGUCCCAGAGCCCUGGUCUCUGACUGCAGGCUGGCCACACGUGAUGGGAAGGUGGUGUGUCAUUUCCACCUGCCUGGGCUACAGGUACAAUCUGCAUGGGCUUGUCCACUGGGGUAGCCUGACUGCUGUCCGUUGUCCCCUGUGCCAGGGGGACUGGGCCCUUCUGCUCUUGCUGCUAGGGAAUAGGUGUGUGAUGACCAGGGCACAGGAGCCAGGCAGAAGGCUCUCAAUGCUGCCCCUGAUCUAGGCCCACUGACUGGGCCACCAGCUCUCUGUGUGACAGGCCCAGAAAAAGCCUCUGGCCUCCUGGGCUGCUUCCCCAUGUGGUGCCCCUCUCUGUCCACUUGCAUGUCCAUGGGGGACAUGUGCACGGAGCCUCAGCCGUGGGGCAAGGCCGCUGUAAUUCACCAGCCUGUGCCAGGCUCUGAGAGGCAGGUGCAUUGUCUGGGGAUUCUCUGCAUUGCAUGGUGUUUAAUUUACUUCUGCUCCAAGGGGCAAACUCACUUUCUUCCUACACCAAAGCUUGGCUGGGAUGAUGGUGUAAGAAGUGCAUGGUUCGUGCCUUGUUCUAAAGAACGAUUGAUUUUUCUGCCGGACUGAGCAGCUAGUCAGUUCAGGAGACUCGCUGUACCCCAGGGAACCCCCACUGCCAGACCUGGCUUGGUGCCAUAGAGGCACCUUCCCACUGCUCACACAGGCACCAGGCUGGCUCCACUUGUGCCCAUGCAGGGUCCAGCCCCCUGCCGGGUCUGGGCAGCACACUGCACAGCGCAGUGCCCUAAGCGGGGCCUUCUCUUGCAGCCACACCCACUCGCCUGGGUCUAUGGCCACGGUUGGGGCAUGGUCCUGUGCGCGCUGCACCUUCCUGAACCCUGCUGGCCAGCGGCAGUGCUCCAUCUGUGAAGCCCCACGACACAAACCCGACCUUGACCAGAUUCUGCGGCUCAGCGUGGAGGAGCAGAAAUGGCCCUGUGCCCGUUGCACAUUCCGGAACUUCCUGGGCAAGGAGGCUUGCGAGAUGUGCGGGUUCACUCCAGAGCCCACGCCUGGAGCCCCUCUGCUGCCCAUCCUCAACGGGGUCCUUCCCAGGCCACCCGCCGUGCUGGCAGAGCCUGGGAGCUGCAGCCGCGAGGAGGCAGGCCCAGCACGGCCCGAGGAGGACCGAAAGGAGGCGCACAGUGACCACGAGGAGGAGGAAGGGGCAGCAGAGCCCGGGAGCAGCUGGGCCUGCCAGCGCUGCACGCUGCUCAAUACUCCUGUGGCCACCUCCUGCUCCGUCUGUGGUGGCCCCCGCAAGCUCUCACUGCCCAGGAUACCCCCAGAGGCCCUGGUGGUCCCUGAGAUCAUGGCCCCUGCCGGCUUCCAUGUCGUGCCAGCUCCCUCACAGCCAGCCCUCCCCGAAGUGGACCCUCCACCCUCUGACCAAGAGACCCCCAGGAUCCCACCCUUCAGUCCCUUCUCACCCACUCUGCAGAACAAUCCUGUACCCCGAAGCCGCCGGGAAGUACCCCCCCAGCUACAGCCGCCUGUGCCUGAGGCCGCUCAGCCGUUGACCCCAGCAGGCUCGCAGGGCCCUGCACGGGCAGGAACGGGCAGCUGCCGACUAGCCGAGAUGCUGUCAGGCAAGCGGCUGAGUGUGCCCGAUGAGGAGGCCCCUGAGGGGGGUCCCUCCCAAGGGGAGCCUUGCAGGGACGUCAUCGACCUGACGGGCGACUCGGUGCGCUACACGCCCUCUAGCCCCUCCAGCCCCGACUUCACCACCUGGUCCUGCGCAAAGUGCACCCUCCGGAACCCCACGGCUGCCCCCCGGUGCACAGUGUGUGGCUGCUCCAAGCUGCAUGGCUUCCAGGAGCACUCCGAGCCCCUGGCACGCUGCCCCGACUGCGGCGCCAGCAAGCCAGGCCCCUGCAUGGGCAGAGGCUGCGGGCGGGCACCCUCAGCCCACAAGGCUGCCCGCCUGGCACCUGAACGCCCUGGCCAGUGGGCCUGCCUUACCUGUACCCUACUCAAUGCGCCGCGGGCCAAGCACUGUGCUGUGUGUCACACACCACAGCUUGCGGAGGCACAGCACCGGGCGGCCGCCCCGCUGCGGCGCCGGGAGAGCAUGCAUGUGGAGAAGCGGCGGCAGACAGACGAGGGCGAGGCCAAGGCCCAAUGGGAGAACAUCGUGGCCUUCUGCCGGGAGAACAGCGUGAACUUCGUGGAUGACAGCUUCCCACCUGGGCCUGCAUCAGUGGGCUUCCCGGCGGGAGACAGUGUCCAGCAGCGCGUGAAACAAUGGCUGCGGCCCCACGAGAUCAACUGCUCCGUCUUCAGGGACCGUGACACCUCGUGGUCCGUCUUUCACACCCUGCAACCCUCAGACAUCUUGCAGGGCCUGCUAGGCAAUUGCUGGUUCCUGAGUGCCCUGGCAGUGCUGGCAGAGCGGCCCGACCUGGUGGAGCGGGUGAUGGUGACGCGCAGCCUGUGUGCAGAGGGUGCCUACCAGGUGCGGCUGUGCAAGGAUGGCACCUGGACCACUGUGCUGGUGGACGACAUGCUGCCCUGUGACGAGGCCGGCUUCCUGCUCUUCUCGCAGGCUCAGCGGAAGCAGCUGUGGGUGGCCCUGAUCGAGAAGGCCUUGGCCAAGCUGCACGGGUCCUACUUUGCACUGCAGGCAGGGCGCGCCAUCGAAGGCCUAGCCACGCUCACCGGCGCCCCCUGCGAGAGCCUCGCACUGCAGGUCAGCUCCACCAACCCCCGGGAGGAACCUGUAGACACUGACCUCAUCUGGGCCAAAAUGCUGAGUUCUAAGGAGGCUGGGUUCCUCAUGGGUGCCUCCUGUGGAGGGGGCAACAUGAAGGUGGAUGAUGCUGCAUAUGAGAGCCUGGGUCUUCGUCCCCGGCAUGCCUACUCAGUCCUGGACGUGCGGGAUGUGCAGGGUUCCAGGCUCCUGCGGCUCCGCAACCCUUGGGGUCGCUUCUCCUGGAACGGCAGCUGGUCAGACGAGUGGCCACACUGGCCGGGGAACCUGCGCAGUGAGCUCAUGCCACAUGGCAGCAGCGAGGGCGUCUUUUGGAUGGAGUACAGCGACUUCGUCAGGUACUUCGACUCGGUGGACAUCUGCAAGGUGCACUCAGACUGGCAGGAGGCCCGGGUGCAGGGCUGCUUCCCCAGCACAGCCAGCGGGCCCGUGGGGGUCACGGCACUCACGGUGCUCGAGCGUGCCUCACUGGAAUUCGCUCUCUUCCAGGAGGGCAGCAGGCGCUCCGACGCGGUGGACAGCCACUUGCUGGACCUCUGCAUCCUGGUAUUUCGUGCCGCCUUUGGCAGCGGCGGCCGCCUGAACCUGGGCCGCCUCCUGGCCCACAGCAAGCGCGCGGUCAAGAAGUUCGUGCACUGCGAUGUGAUGCUGGAGCCCGGCGAGUAUGCGGUGGUGUGCUGUGCCUUCAACCACUGGAGUCCCGGCGCCCCCUUGGCCAGUGCACAAGCCUCCAGCCCCUCGGCAGGGACCCCUCGAGGCCCCCCUGAGCCGCCUGGCCAUGUGCUCGCCGUGUACAGCUCGCGGCUGGUCAUGGUGGAGCCCGUGGAGGCGCAGCCGACCACGCUGGCCGAUGCCAUCAUCCUGCUCACCGAGAGCCGUGGGGAACGGCACGAGGGCCGGGAGGGCAUGACCUGCUACUACCUGACACAUGGCUGGGCGGGACUCAUCGUGGUGGUGGAGAACCGGCACCCCAAGUCCUACCUGCACGUACAGUGUGACUGCACCGACAGCUUCAACGUGGUGUCCACCCGGGGCAGCCUGCGCACCCAGGACAGCGUGCCGCCCCUGCACAGGCAGGUCCUGGUGAUCCUGUCCCAGCUGGAAGGCAAUGCAGGGUUCUCCAUCACCCACCGCCUGGCACACCGCAAGGCGGCCCAGCCCUUUCUCGGCGAUUGGACGGCCUGUAAGGGCACCCACAGCCCCCCACUCACACCUGAGGUGGCUGGCCUGCACGGGCCCCGGCCCCUGUGACCGACACGCACUUUACGAGGGAGACCCAACGGACGACGCUUGAAUCAGAAACUCAGGGCCCUGCCCAGGGAGUGCUGACUCCCGUGGGCCCCCACCCACCCCAGGCACCCGCAGUCUGCCCGGCCAGGCCUGCUGGCCAGCAAGCAGAAUACCUCGCACUGGGCGGACUCUGCCAGCCUCAGGACAGGGUCAGUGGCUGUGAGCCCAGCCGGGACAUGGGGGCCCUGGCCAGGCCAGGGUGAGGCCAGGGCUCUGCUCUGGUGAGCUGCACAGUAGAAGAGCCCCCAGAGCCCAGCUCCCUGCUUCCUACCAGGUGGGGGGGGGGUGUCCCUGGAGGCAGGCAGGCCGCGCCUUGCGACACUAUGCAAUGCCCGGGGUGCACAGGAUCCAAGCCAUGACAGGCAGUAGGCAGUGGGCUGGCCCUGCAGGUUGCUGCACACCAUUGGAGCCAGUGUGGAUCCUCGGCCUGGGCCCUGGCCCGAAAGGAGCCCUAUUGCCGACACCCCUGGGCACAGCUGCUCUCCACUCCCUGGAAGCCCCUGUCCUCCUCUGUGCCCCAUGUCCCCUUAUGCAGGGUUCACACCUGUUCCCCCUGGCAUCCUUUUGCUGUGAAUAUUUUUAACCCUGUAAAUAAGGCCAGCUCUUGUGUCAGAGACUAUUUUAUCAGCCGUCCCUUGUCUUCGGUGGUUCUAGAUGGUUCUCUAUGGGUGGUUUCUAGACUCAGGCACCAACGGACCAAAUAAAAGCAUUUUGUUUUG